AUGUCCAGAGCCCUUAGUGCGUCAUUGGCGGGGAGUUUGGGUUUCGACAGGCUACAGGGGUGCCGGUUGUUUGCUAAAUCAUGUUUGUUGAUAUCUUCGAUAAUCCACAGCAGAUUAGGGUUGCGAGCGCAGAGCAAGAUGACUACAAACGGUGAAGUUAAAGUUAAUGGAGAUGCGAUGUCUGGAUCUGCCAGAUUAGCUGCUAAGGACGUGCAAUCAUCAUGGUCCGUGGAAGCAGUCGUUGCAACCAUUCCCGGAGGGCCACCACAAGCAGACUCUUCCUCCCCCGUCCCAUUCUUCCACAUGCUCGAGCGACUGAAGACAACCAAGCGUGAAGGGUGGCGCAGAUUCGGCAUCAUCCACGGCGAAUCCAUUUCCGACCACAUGUACCGAAUGUCCAUCAUCACCAUGCUUGCGCCUCCCUCGCUCUCCUCCAAACUCAACAUCCCACACUGCACAAAGAUGGCACUCGUACACGACAUGGCAGAGGCUCUAGUCGGAGACAUCACGCCCGUCGACGGGGUAGCGAAGCACGAGAAGAACCGCCGGGAAAGCACAACGAUGGACUACUUCACCCAGACCCUCCUCGGCCGCGUCAACGGCGGCGUUUCCGGACAAGAACUCAAGGCUAUCUGGCAAGAGUACGAGGAUUCCGAGACGCUGGAGAGCCAGUUCGUGCAUGAUGUCGAUAAGAUCGAGUUGAUACUGCAGAUGGUCGAGUAUGAGCGGGUCCAUGAGCAGAAGAUAGAUCUGGGGGAGUUCUCUUGGGUUGCUACGCGCAUUGUUAUGCCCGAGGUUAAGGAGUGGAGCGAUGAGUUGUUGAGGGAGAGGGAGGAGUUCUGGGGGGGACAGAUGCAUACUACGUAUACGGAUGACGGGGCUCAGGUUCGUGCUGGAAGUUUGGAGUACUAUUCCAAUCCGGCACGAAAGACCGGCGGGUCUGCUUGA